CCGCUUAGCCGGAAGUGCAAUACAACACGAGCAGAGUUUAAACUGGUUAUGGCAUCAAUAUUGAACAGCUCUGUGGUUUUAUUUCUAUGCAUUGUGGCAGCACAUUGUGAUAUAGGCGACAUCGUGCUCGAACAGAGUCCGCAGUCUUCGGAGUCGCAGAGCACGGGUUGUGGUUGUCAGGGACUGAAAAGGGAGGUUGCUGUUGAUGUGAGUUAUGAAAACAAUCUGGAACAUCAAGAUGAUGCAAAUAUAUACUCCAAAACAGCAAAUGAAAGUCCACACACGAUAGAGCCUGGUGUACACACUAAGCUGGUGCUUCUGCAGGGAGGUUGGUUUAUGAUGGGAACAGAUGACCCAGGAAUACCACAAGAUGGAGAGGGGCCGCAGAGGAGAGUGAGGCUGGACCCUUUUUACAUGGAAGAGCACGAGGUCACAAACAAGCAGUUCCAACACUUCACCAACCAGACAGGCUACAUCACAGAGGCUGAGCGUUUUGGAGACUCUUUUGUUUUUGAGGGACUGCUGAGUCAGGAGGUGAAGAGCGCUCUUUUACAAGCGGUGGCUGCUGCUCCUUGGUGGUCACCAGUGAAAGGUGCAGACUGGAGACAUCCAGAAGGACCAGAUUCAGCCAUAGAGCACAGGAUGAAUCACCCUGUUCUGCAUGUGUCAUGGGCUGAUGCACAGGCGUACUGUCACUGGGCCAAACGCAGACUUCCUACUGAAGCUGAGUGGGAGUUGGCCUGUAGAGGGGGACUUCAGGAUAGGCUGUACCCAUGGGGAAAUAAACUAAUGCCUAAAGGGCAACACUAUGCUAACCUGUGGCAGGGAGAUUUCCCUAAACACAACACAGCAGAGGACGGCUAUGCUAACACAUCACCGGUGAUGUCAUUUCCUGCCAAUGGCUUUGGUCUGUAUGACAUGGUGGGGAACGCAUGGGAGUGGACUGCAGACUGGUGGAAUGUACAUCACAAUACAGAAGACAGAUAUAAUCCUAAAGGACCAGAAUCAGGGACAGACAGAGUCAAGAAAGGAGGAUCGUACAUGUGCCACAAGUCUUACUGCUACAGAUACAGGUGUGCAGCCCGUAGUCAGAAUACCCCGGACAGUUCUGCCUCUAACCUGGGCUUCCGUUGCGUCUCUGACCCUGAUCCAUAACCUCAUCAUCAGUUCUCUCACUGUCAAAUGCUUGAAGUCUAGAGGAAUAUUACAUUUUAUGUAAAUAAAACAUUUUGUAAGA